UCAAAGGAGUGCAUUGGGGUGGGUGUUAGAGAAACUUGGGUGCCCAAAUCCUGUCCUCCCUGGUUCGUAUUUGACAGCAUGAGAGAGAAAAUCACUCCCCAAAAAAAAAAAGUUGGCAAGUACGGUGUUUUGUAGCUUUGCAUGCAGAAAACGAUAGAUGGGGCAGGGCACAAUAAUGAGAUGCGGUUGAAUAAAAGAGAGAGAGAAAAUUGCUUUUUACUAUUUUGUCUACUACUGUGAUGCGAAUGUUGGAAGCAUGGAAGCAAAAGCAAAGGCCGAGAAUGGCGGCAACCCAUCCCCUUAUAAUCUCAAAUAUCUAUAAAACCCCAUAUCCAUCACGCGCUCUACACUCCACCACACUCAACGAUACGUAUCACCUAGUCAUUUAAAGAGAAGAGAUUUGCUUGGUGGUCUCCUUUGAAGAGAAAAAAAAAAAAAGGAUAGUCUUUGGCUUUAAGUUUUUUCUUUUUUGUUUUGGGUUCCACUCACUGUCUGCAUAUUCAAAAGGGAUGGAAAAAGGAUUUUCCUAAAUGGGGAAAGUGGUUUCAAUAUGGGUAUUGGCUGGAGUUUAGCGUUUCAGACAAGGUAGCUAAAGAAAGUAGUAGCAUUGAAGCUUUUGAUUUUGGGUUUGUGAAGCUUUUCAAAGUAGUGGUGUUAUUGUUAUUUAGUACCUAAGAAGAUGAUGAUGGCCAACUAUGAUAAUCAUCAUCAUCACCGUUCAUUUCCAUCAUAUGUAGUUGGUUAUGAUGAUGUUGAUGCUGAUGAUGGUCCCACGGGUAAUAACAACAACAACAGGCCUAAGACCAGUAAUAUAUACGAUGUUUUGGCUAGCAGUGAUUGUAGUUCUGGUUUUGCUGCUACUGUUGCUAGUGGCGGUGCAGUUGGUGUAAGGAUAUUACAGCAGCCUUUUGACAUUUCCCCCACUUCAACCUCCACUGCUCACACCGCCUUCAAAUCCCCAGGAGGGAUGGCGGCUUCUUUGGAGUUUCCUUUCACGUUUUCACAGUAUAAGGAGCUUCAGAGACAAGUUAUGAUAUUCAAGUACAUGAAAGCUUCCAUUGCUGUGCCUCUUGAUCUUCUCAUACCCACUAUCAGGAGCCCUCUGUUUCAGUUGCUUCCCAUUCUGCCAGUAAUCUCUUCAUAA